CAUUUGGUAAUACAUUGCAGUUCGUACUGGAUCAUGAAACCAUCAUCUCUAAAAAUGAUUUAUUGUUAACAAUCAAUGAUCAAACUAAUUAAGAUGAUUGUCCAUUUAAACACAAUCAUGCAAAUGAGGAGGUAACAUGUAACCUCGAUGAAACAUGUAUUACAUCAACGAGUCAAAUAUUACACAUUAAUUCCUCUUCUGUUUAAUGAAGAGAAAACGUGACAGUGACAACUGGGAAUUGAUAUCGAUUCGACCAGCCUCUGGACAUGCGACCAUUCGUGGUCAAAUGUUUUGUUCAAGACCAGCCAUUCAUCAUGCAACCCUUAUGUGUCAAAAUUUUGUCCAUGACAUUUUUAAUAUCAACCACACCCAAAACAUAAUAUUACUCGAAAUUUAGUUCAUUACUCAGUGUCAGCAUCUCAUACAUCUCAUUACUCAGUUGUGAUCACUCAUAAUUUGACAGCACUGGCGAUUUCCUAAUACGUCCACUGGUCUAUUGAAUCGCUAUAAUGAGCGACGAGUCGUUGGAAGUGAAACACAGCCGUAACUUCGAGAGGUCGACAAAACUGAUAGUCGGCUUCCUGCGGGUGUACGGGUGUCUGCCCGACUACCGACGAACUGCCAGCCGCUUGCAGAAGGUCAUCGUCGUCUAUUCCUGCUUAUGGCUACUGGGCAAUGUCUACACAUUCUACACUUACUUCGGCUCCGAACCAAUCCAAGACUACUACACACAACUCAACGAGACCGGCUUCCGCAUGGAGAGACACGAGGAGACACUCAUGUCAGCCACGUGUGUCAUUAAUUUCUUAUUCGGGUUAGUCAUCCAUGUACUGUACUUCUUGUACUCGAAGCGUAUUUUGAACCAUCUGGGAAAAUGGGUUGAACUGGAGAAGUUCUACUUUGAGAAAGUGAAGAAGGAUUUGGUGGAUCCGGUAAGUUCAAGUACGUUGAGAUGGCUCCUUCUACUGACCGCCUACAAUUGCGUCCUGUUCUACAUCCAGUUCACACCGCGCUUCAACUUCCAAAUCAGACCGGAACUGUCGUUUGCGUUCUUCUGCAUCCUACGUUACACCGACGUUCUCUUCCUGACCAUAAUGCAGGCGGCCUCGUCGGCUGCCAAGACUAUUUCCCACCGCUACCUGGACAACUUGGAGAAAGGCGAGCAUGGAGACUUGCUGUGGUUGGAGGCAGUCUGGCUGAAGUUGGCCGAAUUGAUCCGUGACUCGGGCACCGCAAUGGCUCCCAUCCUUUUCCUGCACAUGAUGCGCUACGCAGUGCUCGGUCUCUUCUUCAGCUACAUGAUUUGCGUCCGCUUCAUGGUUCUGCUCGAUAAAACUGAUUUUCUCAUCCUUGUCGCAUGGACUGCUGAAUUCGCCACCAUCUACUUUUUCAUUUGGAAAAUUACGACUUGUGCAUAUGAUGCUCAAUAUAAGGUAUCGCAGUUAGCUGAAACUCUGAGACAUUUUUUGAAUGAAAAAGAAUGUAAUCUGAAUCAAGAAAUCACAGAGCAGGUUAUCUCAUUUCAAGACACUAUUGUAGCAUUACCUGCUAAAAUAGAACUGCUGGACUACAUGGUGGUGGAUAAGAAACUGUUUGUAUCGAUCAAUAAACUGUACCUCACCUAUCUGAUAAUAUUGGUACAAUUCAAAAUCGCCGAGUAUAACAUAAAAGAGAGACUAAUAAACCAGAGGCAGCCUACAAGUGCAGUUCAGCCUCCAACAAUGGACAACAACUAUGUUCAGUCUCCAGACAACAACUAUCAACCAGAAUUAGUAACAAUGACACCUUUCUUGACAACCCUAACAAGCGCACUUAAUUUCACGCCACCUGCGUUGAAGGAAGUAACACAACCAUGAGUGAUAUUAUUAAUAACUUAUCCAGCUAUACAUAACAAAUUUCGCGACUACAAUCAAAUACUAUUCAAGAGUAGGAAAACGAGUGUAAUCUCGUUAAAUGAUACCACUUAAUUUUGCUAACACUUUAUUACUGAAAGAAGUGUAAAUAGCACCUGUUGUUAUCCGGAGUUGUAACAAUUAACUCAUGGAGAAAUUUAAAUACUUUUCGAGGUAUUUGGACAGUUUAAGAGAAUUAUAGUUGAGUUACUAAGAAUAAUUUCUUAUAUUCUUGAAUGCAAUUAAGUCUUUUAUUCUUGUAUUGAAAAAUUAUACACAAUUUUAGAGAAAUGUCUGC